GCAUUUCUGGAAGUCGGAGGAACAGCCAGUCAAAGCCAGCCAGCAUCUGAACCAGCGUAGGAACUGGAGCAGCGGUGGACGAAGGGUCGGCUGUGUUGGAAUACGAUAUAAUUUUAAUAUCCACGAGCACAGACGGUGAAUGCAGCAGAGUAGUCGUCGACAUGCACGCGAGGGUUUUCCAUUUGGGUCCGGGGAGCUGAAGCAUAGUGCAGCCCGGACACAUUACGUUUUCGGUGGGAUAAGCCAUCUGUGAUACACUGGGUGUGCACGGCGCAAUAACGGCGCGAGACAACCGGUUAUUCCAUCGACAGCUAGCUCACACUAACACAGCUAGCCAACCAUUUUCCGAGCGCCCCGAUAGCUUGCGGUGAAGCGAGCAUCUCGGUCGGUGCGGGACGUGUCCGUAGAUGCUGCUGAGGGAGCCCUGUGUCUGGCAGUACCCGACAGUAAGAUACAAACCCGAGGCAUGCAAAGAGGGGUGUUUUUCUGCAAACGAGCGAGGAAAUCUCCACGCCCCGGGCUCUGCUCUGUGGCUACUAUUUAGCUAGCUCGCUGGCUAGCCAGCCUACCGGGAGAGUUAGCUGAAGAGAAGGUGGGGCCGCGGAGUGACAGCCUUGGACGCCAGCUAAUGUGGCUAGCCGGCUAACUUGGACUCUUGAGUGGCCACUCGUUUACCAGUCACUGACAUUGAGAGGGGUGUAAAUUACCAAGUGUGCAGUUUGGCUCCAAAGAAAACAAGUUAUUAUUGAUUCCUCCAAAAUCCGUGUGGGUGGGCUAUCUUGAGGAGAGCAUCCUCGUCUACCUGUAUGACCAUGGCGGACGACGACGUGCUGUUCGAGGAUGUCUACGAGCUGUGUGAGGUGAUUGGCAAGGGUCCCUUCAGCGUGGUGAGGCGCUGCAUCAACAGGGACACGGGCCAGCAGUUUGCUGUAAAGAUCGUGGAUGUGGCCAGCUUCACCUCCAGCCCUGGCCUCAGCACAGAGGAUCUGAAGCGAGAGGCCAGUAUCUGCCACAUGCUGAAACACCCCCACAUUGUAGAGCUGCUGGAGACCUACAGCUCUGAUGGCAUGCUCUACAUGGUCUUUGAAUUCAUGGAUGGAGCAGACCUGUGUUUCGAAAUCGUGAAGAGAGCCGACGCUGGGUUUGUGUACAGCGAAGCGGUGGCCAGCCACUACAUGAGGCAGAUUUUGGAGGCCCUUCGGUACUGCCACGACAACAAUGUGAUCCAUCGGGAUGUAAAGCCUCACUGUGUGCUGUUGGCCUCAAAGGAAAACUCUGCUCCGGUCAAGCUGGGAGGUUUUGGAGUGGCCAUACAGCUGGGAGAGUCUGGUUUAGUAGCUGGAGGUCGAGUCGGCACUCCCCACUUCAUGGCCCCAGAGGUCGUCAAGAGGGAGCCAUACGGCAAACCGGUGGACGUGUGGGGAUGUGGCGUCAUCCUCUUCAUCCUCCUCUCUGGCUGCCUUCCUUUCUAUGGCACCAAGGAGCGUUUGUUUGAGGCGAUCAUUAAGGGAAAGUACAAGAUGAACCCGCGCCAGUGGGCCCACAUCUCUGAGAGCGCCAAGGACCUGGUGAGACGCAUGCUGAUGCUGGACCCUGCUGAGAGGAUCACCGUCUACGAGGCCCUCAACCACCCCUGGCUGAAGGAGAGGGACAGGUAUGCCUACAAGAUCCACCUGCCUGAGACAGUGGAGCAGCUGAGGAAGUUCAACGCCAGGAGGAAGCUGAAGGGUGCAGUGCUGGCUGCUGUCUCCAGCCACAAGUUUAACUCCUACUAUGGCGACCCCCCAGAGGAGCUACAUGACUUCUCAGAUGACCCCACCUCCUCAGGACUGCUAGCUGCUGAAACAGGGGCAGUAUCACAGGUUUUGGACAGUCUAGAAGAGAUUCACGCACUGACAGACUGCAGUGAGAAAGACAUGGACUUUCUCCACAGUGUCUUCCAGGAUCAGCACCUCCACACCCUGUUAGAUCUUUAUGACAAAAUCAACACCAGGUCGUCCCCUCAGAUCAGAAACCCUCCGAGUGAUGGAGUGCAGAGAGCCAAAGAGGUACUGGAAACCAUCUCCUGUUACCCAGAGAACAUGGAGGCCAAGGAGCUCAGGAGGAUCCUCACACAGCCACACUUCAUGGCUCUGCUGCAGACCCACGAUGUGGUGGCCCAUGAGGUCUACAGCGAUGAGGCGCUGAGGGUGACCCCCCCGCCCACCUCACCUUACCUGAAAGGAGACUCCCCAGACAGCACCAACGGAGACAUGGACUUGGAGAAUGUCACCAGGGUCCGCCUGGUCCAGUUUCAGAAGAACACUGAUGAGCCCAUGGGCAUCACUCUGAAAAUGAAUGAACUUAAUCACUGUAUUGUGGCCCGAAUCAUGCACGGUGGAAUGAUUCAUCGGCAAGGGACUCUGCAUGUAGGAGAUGAGAUCCGAGAGAUUAAUGGCAUCAGCGUCGCCAAUCAGACAGUAGAGCAGCUCCAAAAGAUGCUGAGGGAGAUGAGGGGUAGCAUCACCUUCAAGAUUGUACCCAGUUACCGGUCCCAGUCCAUGUCCUGUGAGAAAGAGUCACCUGAUGUGUCCCGACAGUCGCCUGCAAACGGUCAUGCCAGUGUCACUAGCUCCAUCCUGGACCUGCCAGCAACGAUCCAGCCCAAAGGCCGUCAGAUCUCCAGACCUGCUAUCAAGGACAAAUUGUCCAUCAAGAUAUAUGUUCGGGCUCAGUUUGAGUAUGACCCCGCGAAAGACGACCUCAUCCCGUGCAAGGAGGCGGGCAUUCGCUUCCGGGUGGGCGACAUCAUUCAGAUCAUCUCCAAGGACGACCACAACUGGUGGCAGGGAAAGCUGGAGAACACCAAGAACGGCACAGCAGGCCUCAUCCCCUCGCCUGAGCUACAGGAGUGGCGCGUGGCGUGUAUAGCGAUGGAGAAGACCAAACAGGAGCAGCAGGCCAGUUGUACCUGGUUUGGCAAGAAGAAGAAACAAUACAAAGACAAGUACCUGGCCAAGCACAACGCAGUGUUUGACCAAUUAGAUCUGGUGACGUAUGAGGAAGUGGUCAAAGUGCCAUCAUUCAAAAGGAAAACACUGGUGUUGCUUGGUGCACAUGGAGUUGGAAGGAGGCACAUCAAGAACACACUCAUCACCAAACAUCCUGACCGCUUCGCCUACCCCAUCCCUCACACGACUCGGCCUCCUAAGAAGGAUGAGGAGAACGGGAAGAACUACUACUUUGUGUCUCACGACCAGAUGAUGCAGGACAUCAGUAACAACGACUACCUGGAGUACGGCAGCCACGAGGACGCCAUGUAUGGAACCAGGCUGGAGACCAUCAGGCAGAUCCAUGCACAGGGCAUGAUCUCCAUCCUGGAUGUUGAACCACAGGCACUAAAGAUCCUCAGGACAGCUGAGUUUGCUCCCUAUGUUGUCUUCAUCGCAGCUCCCACUGUCACCCCAGGCAUGACUGAGGACGACUCUCUGCAGCGGCUCCAGAAGGAAUCAGAGAUGCUGCAGGGGACCUACGCUCACUACUUUGACCAGACCAUCAUUAACAAUGAGAUUGAUGACACCAUCCGACUGCUGGAGGAGGCCGUAGACCUGGUGUCCACCACCUCUCAGUGGGUCCCCGUCUCCUGGGUCUACUGACAUACACUCAACAUGAAUGAGCUCAUCACCCUGAACGAUCCAUCUCUGAUCCAACACAGAUGCUAAACUUGGGUCAAAGCCCCUCGAAUCACGUCUCUCUCAUCAGAAUCACGCAUCUCUGUAGAUAAACUGUUGUUGAAAAAGAGGGAAACACUAAUGACUCUGACGCAUCACUACAGAGACUUCAUCCUGCCCCGCCCCCUUUUUCUCAACAGCCUCAAAGGCAUAUUGUUGUGUACAUAUAUACAUAUAUAUAUAUAAAUGAUAAAACACUAAGUGAAUAUGGUUCUGUCCUAGUUGAAGGGUGGGGAGUGGAGGGGCAGUGUGGUAGAUAUUUUGUACUUUUCUUUUGUAAUUGAUGGAUGGGUGGUAAUAUUGGAAAGGCAAUAGUGAGCAUGACCAUAAAGCAGUCUUAUGUGGGUGCCUGUGUGUGUGUUGACCUUUUAAGGCACCUCUUGUGGUACUCUGUGUCCUCCUCCCUGACGUCCCCCUAAUUUCCUCGGCCUCUGUGACGAACACGCCGAACUUUAAAAGCACAUUAGAAGCUGCUAUAGUGGCAACAAGUAACUCCCUCAGCUCCAAAUGCAAGUUUGAGUGAAGCAGAAAGCACAGGAAACUUGGCAGUUUCUUUCUUCCUCGCCCUCCCCUGCCCUUUAUUUAUUUCUCUGGCCCUCUGUGCCUGUCAGUCUGUUGAAGGAGCACACUGCAUCCCUCUACGCUGUCUCUGUGUGUUGCUGUAGCCUAUUGUACCAUGCUUCUCUUCCCAACCUCCCAUGGUCUUUGUUUACAUCUCGGUUUGCACAAAAUGGACAAUGAAUAAGACGUGUACUGCAUCUCGUCACCUCAUCGUUUAUAUUUGGGCUGUCUUCACCCCUCUCCCUCCAUACAUGAAAUCAGUGGACGUGGAAUAUCGUUCUUGGGGCGUGAUCAGCUACGAAAAAUCACCCACAUCGACCACUAAACAUGGCCCCUGACCUGGAAGACAAAAAACUAACAGAAAGGAGAAACUGCCUUAUCUGAGCCUCGGGGAGGACGUCUGUAACACCUAUGCACACCCCUGGUUUCUGCCAGGCAGAGCGCCACGACAACCAUUUUCUUCUUCUUCUAUUAGAGAGCCAUGCUUGUUAGAAUAAAGUGUUCAUAGGAAUGUUUGUGGACGGGGAGGGCCUCAUGUAGGUGGGAAAAAUCCAAUCCUAGAGCCACCAUUUUGGAACUGUUAACUGUUGUCUUUAAAAAUAUAAAGGAGUAUUCUUGUUUCGAGGGAGAGAAAAUAACUAAAUUUUGUGUGUAAAUGUUUCAAUGGUGCGUACGUCAUACGAGUGAAUUACCAAGAGCCAGUGUAUAUUAACCCUUAAAAGAAGCUCAGUAUGUGACAUAACCUCUUCAUGCUCUACCAGAAGUGGCACAGCGCCGCCGUGCCCGCCCGCAGCAUGUAGGCACAUCAGUCGAAGGGCCGUAGACAAAAAAAUAAUUUAAAAAAAGUCAAUACUAUCAGCUGCGUGGUGCGACCGCUGCUGUUCCACUUCCAGUAAAGUGUUUUCAUUUCAAGUCCUGUGUAAAUUACCUCUGCAAAUGACAAAAGCAGCUCUUCUGUAUGAAAUGUUGUUCUUUUUUGUUAUUUCAUUUUUAAAAAAAUAUAUUUCCUUUUACGUGUUUAAAGUA